GUGAUGUGAAGCCAGAGCAGCGGAGGGGAGUGAGUGCAACUGUUGCCGGUGGCACAUAGUAAGCAGCAGUUCAUUAUGCAGAUCUGUCAAUGUGCUGGAAGGCUUAGCCCAGUCACACUGGCAGCUUAGUGCCCACAGGAUCACUGCCUGGGCAUCUCCUAGAUUAGAAAUAUUACAAGUGAUCUCCUGGGAAGGGGGGACGCUUUGUGCAUGAUCAGUGCCCUGGGCAUCCCAUUCUGGACUCUAUGCCAUUGGAUCUAAUGCAUUUGGAUGUUCACAGCAGCAGCAGAAUUCUAGCAACCUGAUCCACUCUGUGCCAUGGAGAACCUUGUAUAUAUGCUUGUACUGAUGGUUCCCUUCCUGUUGCCCGUGCAUGGCUUCCACCCAGAAUGCAGGAUGAAGCUGGCACUCAAGCAGCAAGAGAUGAAAUGCAUGGCCAAGCUGAAGGCACAGGCAACAGAAAUAUCGUCAGAAAAAGGGUGCAUCGGCAUUUGGGAUAACAUUACAUGUUGGGACACAGCUCGGCAUGGAGAAAAAGUCACGCAGAACUGCCCGGUUGCGCUGCGGCAUAUCUUGAGGAAGCAAGGAAAUAUAACCAGAACAUGCAAAAGAACUGGCUGGACGGAUAUAUACCCUGACAUUGUUGAAGCCUGUGGCUACAAUGAUAGUGAACCGAUGAAGCUGAAUUUCUACAUUAUAGUACAGACAAUCUACACCUUCGGACACAGCGUUUCCCUGAUUGCUCUGACUAUAGGAAGUACCAUUCUCUGCUUGUUCAGAAAACUCCACUGUACACGGAAUUACAUUCAUCUGAAUAUGUUCAUCUCUUUCAUUUUGAAAGCCAUCUCUGUGUUAAUAAAGGACGGCUUCCUCUUCUCCAACCCAGAGUCGUGUCCUGAAUCUUUGAUUGGCUGCAAAGUUAUAUUAGUAUUAAUGCAGUACUGCGUCAUGGCAAAUUUCUACUGGCUCUUGGUUGAAGGACUUUAUCUUCAGACACUUCUUGUGGUGAUUUUCACUUCACAUAAACUUUUUAUAGUGUACCUACUGAUUGGAUGGGGAAUCCCUACCAUAUUCAUUAUUAUUUGGAUUGUGUCCAGAGUUUAUUUAGACGAUACCGAAUGCUGGGAUACUAAUGAUCACAGUGUUCCUUGGUGGAUAAUAAGGAUUCCAAUCAUUAUUUCUAUCACUCUUAAUUUCUGCCUUUUCAUUAACAUAAUUCGGAUUCUGCUACAGAAGCUACUAUCACCCGACGUUGGGGGCAACGACCAAUCACAGUUCAAGAGGCUUGCCAAAUCUACCCUUCUGCUCAUACCCCUUUUUGGGGUGCACUACAUGGUGUUCGUGGGUUUCCCAAUGCCCAGUUUCAGUGAUUGUCAGAUAUGGUUUGAAUUGUGCGUCGGGUCCUUUCAGGGGCUGGUGGUGGCAAUUCUAUACUGUUUCUUAAACACAGAAGUGCAAGGAGAGCUAAAAAGAAAAUGGCGGAGCUUGGACUACAUCCGCUACAAGAAGCACGAUAAAAGGAUGCACAGUUUGACUAUUUCUCGCAAUGGCUCCGAGGGUGUACCCCAGUUUCACAGGGACUCAAGGGCCCAGUCCAUUAUGCAGACAGAAACCACAAUGAUAUAAUCCAAGCAAGAACAUACAGGACAAUCAAUUGCCAAAUAUUAAAGACUUCAAAGAAUAUACGAGGCUAAAUGGUAUUGCUAUCAGCAGAGGGCCAGACUGACUCUGCAGAGACCAUGUAUAGCCCAUAUAUCCAGUGGAGCUUUGUACAGAUGGUGGGGUGGGGGUUAAUAUAAUGUUGCACUUCAAUGUUCUAUAGAUUUUUACCAUGCACUUUUGUAUCUAAAUUAUUAUAUCUGUACCAGUAAAUCUCUUUUUGUGUAGUGA